CUCCGGCCCUUCCUCUCUCUCUCUCUCUCCCCCUCCUUGCGUAUGAAUCAGGUAUUUCCCAGCCCGCCGUCGGCAGCCGAGGCCGCCUCCUCGCGCUCUCCCCGCGCGCUCCAUGGAGAAGGCAGCGGCGGCAGCGGCGCAGGGCGGCGGCGGCGGCUGCGGGGACUCCGGAGCAGCCCCGUCCAGCGGCGGCAGUAACAGCAGCAGCCGCAGCAGCAGCCGCCCCACCUCGGCGGGCUCCUCGCCGUCCUCCUCCGCCAGCCGGGGAGGGCUCUCCGGCCGCCAAGGAGCGUCGGCGUCGGCGGCUACACCAGCGGGGAGGCCGGAGGGAGGAGGAGGAGGAGGAGGAGGCAGCAGCAGCAGCCCCAGCUCAGCCGCGGCCAGCCCGGGAGGGAGCGGGGGGCUGGCGGCAGGCAGGACGACGGAGGCGGUGCUCGAGGGCUCUCUCAGCAAGUACACCAACCUCAUCCAGGGCUGGCAAAGCAGGUAUUUCAUGCUGGAUUUUGAGACUGGAAUCCUACAAUAUUUUGUGAACGAACAAAGUAAAAACCAGAAGCCACGAGGGCUGUUAUCCUUAGCUGGAGCAGUAGUUUCUCUCAGCGAUGAAGCCCCUCACAUGUUGGUGGUAUACUCUGCUAAUGGAGAAAUGUAUAAACUCAGAGCCGGGGACGCAAAGGAGAGGCAGUACUGGGUGACUCAGCUCCGAUCCUGUGCCAAGUAUCACACGGAAAAUAAUUUGAAGAAUACUCCAACCUCACGAAUGAAAAGCUUGUCUUUGUUGCCUCCUGGAACAUCCAACUCCACAUCUUCUUCGAGUUCUCAGAAAAGCCUGAAUCAAAGUGGGCCACCAGUUGUCACCAUCACACAUCACAAAUCACCUGCAGCAGCCCGAAGAGCCAAGAACCAGUGUCCUGGCCAGCUCAAUGAAGUCAGAGAGAUCAUGAGCCAGGUGGAGGGACAGCAGAAAAGCCUUGUGCAAGCCAUUGAAUCCCUCCCAGGUUCUGGUCCUCUUUCUGCCUUGGAUCAAGACCUGCUGCUUUUAAAAGCUACCUCUGCUGCCACCCUCAGCUGCCUUGGAGAAUGCCUACAUAUGCUACAACAGAGCAUACACCAAGCGAGCCAACACAGUAACAGGACAUUGUCUUCAGAAAGCUUUCUGGGAUGGCAUGGGCCAAAGUCACAUUCCACAGAGCAGCUGAAAAAUGGUGCCCUUAGUUCUUUGACAGUUGCUAGUACCAAUCUUACGUGGCCAGGAGUCCCAUCUAAGCCGCAGGAGGCACAAACCAUAUCGUCUUUGUUGUGUUCCACUCGUGACUUGAUCCUAGUUGAAGAUGAGGUGACAGAUACUGAAGAUAAUGAAGAAGAAGAUAUAGGAGUCCUGGACGAUCAACGCAGUGUAAUUCUUCACCUCAUCUCGCAACUCAAACUUGGAAUGGACCUAACUAGGGUAGUUCUUCCAACCUUUAUUUUGGAAAAGAGGUCCUUGCUGGAGAUGUACGCAAACUUCCUGGCCCACCCUGACCUGUUUUUGACAGUUUCGUCCGGAAGCACCCCCGAGGAAAGAAUAAUUUACUUUGUGGAGUAUUACUUAACAGCCUUUCACGAAGGCCGGAAAGGAGCUGUCGCCAAGAAGCCCUACAACCCAAUUAUUGGAGAAACUUUCCAUUGUUCUUGGGAUGUGCCUAAAGACAAAGUGAAGCAGUCGAGGACUAACUCUCCCUCUCCUAGCCCCAAGGGCAAGGCGCCGCCGCCGCCGGAAAACUACAAGCUGCGGUUUGUAGCUGAACAAGUAUCCCAUCACCCACCAGUCUCCUGCUUUUACUGCGAGUGCAAGGAGAAGAAGAUGUGCGCAAAUGUUCAUGUGUGGACUAAAAGCAAGUUCAUGGGGAUGUCUAUAGGUGUUUCUAUGGUAGGUGAAGGUAUUCUUUAUCUGCUGGAACAUGGGGAGGAAUACGUGUUCACGCUGCCUUGUGCCUAUGCUCGCUCCAUUCUUACCGUUCCUUGGGUGGAACUUGGAGGCAAAGUGAGCAUUCUCUGUGCCAAGAGUGGCUAUUCGGCUACAGUCACAUUCCACACCAAGCCUUUCUACGGGGGGAAAGUACACAGGGUUACAGCCGAGGUGAAGCAUAACCCCACCAACACCAUAGUGUGUAAAGCACAAGGGGAGUGGAACGGCACGUUGGAGUUUACGUAUAGCAACGGAGAAACCAAAAUAAUCGACACCACCAAGCUACCCGUCAUCCACAAGAGGAUCAGGCCGAUAGCAAAACAAGGUCCAUUUGAAUCAAGGCACCUUUGGCAACACGUUACGAACGCCCUGAGAGAAGGCAACAUCAGCGCAGCAACAGACCACAAACAGCUUCUUGAGGAGAGGCAGCGAGUAGAGGAGAGGCAGCGAGUAAUUAGCAAUACGGUCUGGAAACCAAAAUAUUUCAUCAAAGAGGGUGAAGGGUGGAUAUACUUCGAUCCCCUCUGGAAGACUCAUUGAUAAUCAACUCACCUGGACUCAAAAGGAGCCCAUUUUCUAAGGCAUUAAAAGAUGCACUUUUUAAAUUUCA